AUGAAUGGAAAGAUGGUUUUCGAUACUCCGGCUAAGAGAUCGGUAACUACUUCUCUUGUGUGUUUAAAGUGUCCCGUGUCGAUUUUCGACAGAGACUUCGUUGUUGGUUUUGUUUGCUUGCCGUUAAGAGGUUUGGAUGUGAACUUGGUUAUGAACUGGUUAAAGCAUAACCAUGUCCAUAUUAACUGUUUUGAUAAGUCUGUGAGGUUAUCUUCUCCUGAAGAGGAAAGUGUUGAGUUGUUGUCUGCUAGACAGUUGCACCUGUUAAUGAAGGAGGAAGUUCAAGUGUUUGCGUUGGUUGCAUCGAUGUCUGUUAAAAAUCAAGCUAUUAUAGACGAGUUGAAGGUGGUGAUGUCUGCAUCAGAGUUAUCGGAAUUGAAGAAGCAAUUGGAAGAGUUGCUUGAGAAGAAGUUUGUGAGAACUAGUGUCUCUUCGUGGGGAGAUCUAGUGUUGUUAGUUAAGAAGAAAGAUGGAAGAAAAGCUAAUGUUGUGGCCGAUGCUUUAAGCCGAAAGACUCUGCAUAUGUCGACAAUGACGGUUAAGGAAUUGAAAUUGAUUGAAUAA